GACAGCGGACGCGCAAGUUGAAACGAGAGUGAAAAGUCGAAAAGAAAGUGAUUCGGUGACGUGUCGUACCGACAACGAUAUAAAAAGCCAAUCAGCCGUUUGGCCAUUUUUGAUUUUUGACUUCAAUAGUCUCCACACUUCUUAGGGCGGGAACCCAACAUUUCACACCCCUUCCCCUCUGCAUGUCCCUGCUUCUAGGGUUUCAAAUUCUCUCUUCACCUUUCAAUUUUCUCCAUGAAUCAUCGCAGGGGCUCCAAGGUUUGGCUCGAGGACCGGGAUUCGGCCUGGGUGGCUGCUGAGGUUCUCGAUUCCGACGCCAACCGUAUCUUGCUCGCCACCGAUUCCGGCAAGAAGGUUCAUGCUUCGCCGGAGAAGCUGCUUCCGAGGGACGCGGAUGAAGAGGAGCAUGGAGGAUUCGAAGAUAUGACGAGGCUAGCUUACUUGAACGAGCCGGGAGUGUUGUUCAAUCUUCGGAGGAGAUAUGCGCUCAAUGAUAUAUAUACAUAUACAGGGAGCAUUUUAAUAGCUGUUAAUCCCUUCACGAAGCUUCCUCAUCUAUAUGAUUCCCAUAUGAUGGAGCAGUAUAAGGGAGCUCCAUUGGGCGAGCUUAGCCCACAUGUUUUUGCUGUUGCUGAUGCAUCUUAUAGAGCAAUGAUGAAUGAAGGUAAAAGUCAAUGUAUCUUGGUCAGUGGUGAAAGUGGUGCUGGAAAAACCGAGACAACCAAAUUGAUUAUGCAGUAUCUUACCUUUGUUGGUGGACGUGCUGCUGGUGAUGACAGAACAGUUGAACAACAAGUUCUUGAAUCCAAUCCACUUCUAGAGGCAUUUGGUAAUGCAAGGACUGUUAGGAAUGACAAUUCAAGUCGUUUUGGGAAGUUUGUUGAAAUUCAGUUUGAUUCAAAUGGUAGAAUAUCUGGUGCUGCAAUUAGAACUUACUUACUGGAAAGAUCACGAGUAGUGCAGAUAACUGAUCCAGAGAGAAAUUAUCACUGCUUUUAUCAGUUGUGUGCAUUUGAAAAGGAUGCAGAGAAGUAUAAGUUAGGACAUCCAAGUCUGUUUCACUAUUUGAAUCAAAGUAAAAUCUAUGAAUUAGAAGGUGUAAGCAAUGCUGAGGAGUACCUUAAGACGAGGAGGGCAAUGGAGAUUGUUGGCAUCAGUCAUGAGGAUCAGGAAGCCAUAUUUCGUGUCUUAGCUGCAAUUUUACAUUUGGGAAACAUUGAAUUUUCUCCUGGUAAAGAGCAUGACUCGUCGAUAAUAAAGGAUGAAAAAUCAAGAUUUCACAUGCAGAUGGCUGCUGAUCUUUUCAUGUGUGAUGUAGACCUACUGCUAGCAACAAUGUGUACCCGUUCAAUACAAACACGCGAAGGAAGUAUUGUCAAGGCCCUUGAUUGCAAUGCUGCUGUUGCUGGCCGUGAUGCUUUGGCAAAAACUGUUUAUGCCCGUUUAUUUGAUUGGCUUGUUGAUAAGAUCAAUAGAUCUGUUGGACAAGACAUCAAUUCCAAGAUACAGAUUGGUGUUUUGGAUAUUUAUGGUUUUGAGUGCUUUAAGGAUAAUAGUUUUGAGCAAUUCUGCAUCAAUUUUGCAAACGAAAAGCUUCAGCAACAUUUUAAUGAGCAUGUAUUCAAGAUGGAGCAGGAAGAGUAUGGCAAAGAAGAAAUUAACUGGAGUUACAUUGAAUUUGUGGAUAACCAAGAUGUUUUAGAUUUAAUAGAAAAGAAACCCAUUGGUAUCAUUGCUCUGUUGGAUGAAGCUUGUAUGUUUCCAAGAUCAACGCAUGAAACAUUCUCAACCAAGUUGUUUCAGCAUUUCCGGUCUCACUCUAGGUUGGAAAAGGAAAAGUUUUCACAAACAGAUUUCACCAUUUCUCAUUAUGCUGGAAAGGUCACUUAUCAUACAGAUUCAUUUUUAGACAAAAAUCGUGAUUAUGUUGUAGUAGAACAUUGUAAUCUAUUAUCUUCUUCAAAAUGCCCUUUUGUUUCUGGUCUUUUUCCUUUGCUACCAGAAGAAUCUUCUAGAUCUUCAUACAAGUUUUCUUCAGUAGCUGCCAGAUUUAAGCAACAACUUCAAGCACUCAUGGAGACCCUCAACUCAACAGAGCCUCAUUACAUACGAUGUGUGAAACCAAAUUCUUUGAAUCGACCACAAAUAUUUGAAAAUGCAAGCGUCAUACACCAGUUACGCUGUGGGGGUGUCCUUGAAGCUGUUCGGAUAAGUCUGGCAGGUUAUCCCACACGAAGAACUUACUCAGAGUUUGUAGAUCGCUUUGGGUUAAUAGCCCCUGAAUUUAUGGAUGGAAGUUAUGAUGAUCAAGCUGCAACUGAGAAAAUUUUGCAAAAGCUCAAGCUUGAGAAUUUUCAGUUGGGUAAGAACAAAGUAUUUCUCAGGGCUGGCCAAAUUGGUAUUUUAGACUCGAGACGUGCUGAAGUUUUAGACAAUGCUGCAAAGUGUAUUCAGUGCCGACUGAGGACAUUUAUUGCACAUAGGGAUUUCAUCUCUGUCAGAGCUGCUGCAUUUUCUCUUCAGGCAUGCUGCAGGGGAUAUAUUGCCCGAAAGUUAUAUGCUAAUAAAAGGGAAACAGCAGCUGCUAUCUCCAUUCAGAAAUAUAUUCGUAUGUGGCUUACGAGGCAUGCUUACUUGAAACUAUAUUUUUCUGCUAUUAUCAUACAAUCCCAUGUUCAAGGUUUUGUGACUCGCCAAAGAUUCUUGCAUGGAAAAGAACAUAGAGCUGUUGUUUUAAUUCAGUCCUGUUGGAGGAUGUCCAAGGUUAGGUCAUCUUUCCGUCGACAUCAAGCAUCAAUUGUGACAAUACAAUGCCUUUGGCGGUGUAGACAAGCAAAAAGAGAGCUACGUAGACUUAAACAAGAAGCAAAUGAAGCUGGUGCCCUCCGUUUGGCCAAGAAUAAACUCGAGAAGCAAUUGGAAGAGCUCACAUGGCGUUUACAUCUUGAAAAGAAAAUAAGGGUUUCUAAUGAAGAGGCUAAGAAAAUAGAGAUUGCCAAACUUCAAAAGAUGAUAGAAGCUCUGAAUCUUGAAUUAGAUGCAGCUAAAUUAGCAACAAUUAAUGAGUGCAACAAAAAUGCUGUUCUGCAAAAUCAACUGGAAUUGUCAGUAAAGGAAAAAUCAGCUUUAAAAAGAGAGCUAGUUACUGUGGAUGAAUUACGAAGGGAAAAUGCUGUAUUAAAGGUUUCAUUGGACGCAUUUGAAAAGAAGUAUGUGACCUUAGAGCUUGAGCAUAUAAAUGCUCAAAAAGAUAGGGAUGAAACCAUUGAGAAACUAAGCGAGUUUGAACAGAAGUGCUCUCAACUUGAGCAAAAUGUGAAAAGGCUUGAAGGAAAACUAUUAAGUUUAGAGGAUGAAAAUCAUGUGCUUCGUCAGAAAGCCUUAAGUACCCCUCUUAAGAGUAACCGUCCAGGUUUUGCCAAGUCAUUGUCAGAAAAAUACUCAAGUGCAAUCGCCUCCCGCACUGAACGAAAAACCAUAUAUGAGUCACCCACACCCACAAAACUUAUUGCCCCUUAUACACUAGGCUUGUCAGACUCUCGUCAAUCUAAGUUAACAGCAGAGAAGCACCAGGAUAACUAUGAAUUCCUCUCUAGGUGUAUAAAAGAAAAUUUGGGAUUCAAAAAUGGUAAACCUAUUGCAGCUCGUAUCAUAUACAAAUGUCUUCUUCAUUGGCAUGCAUUUGAAUCUGAGCGCACGACCAUUUUCGAUUCCAUAAUCGAGGGCAUAAAUGAGGUUCUAAAGGUUAGGGAGGAUGAUAUCAUCUUGCCAUAUUGGCUGUCCAAUACCUCCGCACUUCUAUGCCUUUUACAGAGGAACUUGCGUUCAAAUGGCUUUUUAACUACUGCUGCCCAACGUUAUCCUGGAUCAUCUGGUUUGACCAGCCGGACUGGGCAUGGUCCAAAAUCUCCAUUGAAGUUUAUUGGUUAUGAUGAUGGUAUAUCACAUGUGGAGGCGAGAUAUCCUGCUAUACUUUUUAAGCAACAACUAACUGCUUCUGUAGAGAAGAUUUUUGGUCUUCUACGUGACAAUUUGAAAAAGGAACUUUCUCCACUUCUGGGAUCAUGUAUCCAGGCACCCAAAACAGGACGAGGGGUGCAUGGUGGAAAAUCAUCUAGAUCUCCUGGUGGGCUUCCCCAACAAUCAUCUGGUGGUCAGUGGGGCAACAUUGUCAAAUUUUUGGAUUCACUCAUGAGCAAACUUCGUGGAAAUCAUGUGCCAUCCUUCUUCAUCCGUAAGCUAGUUACCCAAGUGUUCUCCUUCAUCAAUAUUACACUCUUCAACAGUCUGCUUUUGCGUCGUGAAUGUUGCACUUUCUCAAAUGGUGAAUAUGUGAAGUCUGGUCUAGCAGAACUGGAGAAAUGGAUAGUCAAUGCAAAGGAGGAGUAUGCAGGGACAUCCUGGCAUGAGCUGAAUUAUAUACGACAAGCUGUUGGAUUCUUGGUAAUACAUCAGAAGAGGAAGAAAUCUUUGGAAGAGAUUCGGCAAGAUCUUUGUCCGGCAUUGACUGUGAGGCAAAUCUAUCGAAUCAGCACUAUGUAUUGGGAUGACAAGUAUGGAACCCAAAGUGUAUCCAAUGAGGUAGUUAGUGAAAUGAGAGAAAUUGUCAGCAAGGACAAUCAGAAUCUGACCUCAAAUUCUUUCUUAUUGGAUGAUGAUCUGAGCAUUCCUUUCUCUGCCGAAGACAUAGAUAUGGCAAUUCCUGCCAUAGAUCUUGAUGAGAUUGAUCUACCAGAAUUCGUUUCUAAAUAUUCUUGCGCCCAGUUUCUUAGUUUACAUCAGAAGUAAUUGGUCUACAAUUUCGUGAUCGUUACUGUGGCUUGAAGUUUGAAUGACAACGGUAUUCACAUUGAAACACAAGUUUCUCUAUACGUGGACAGCAAUCUUGGUUGUCGUCGGAUUUAUUGUUACACUUUAUGCCCAGCCCCCCAACUAAAAAAAUUUACAUAGUUCAGCCAACGUUUGUAAUUACCUGUAGUAUAGAUAACACUGUAAGCUUGUCAAUUAUUUAAUUUAGGUAUAUUAUUUGUUUUCAUGUUGUAUUCUAUGUAGGUAUGCAAUUGUAACUAGGCCCUGGCAAAAGUGAAAUUUCAUUCAUUGAUGUAAAUACUAGGCUCAUUGAAUUUUGCUAAAGUUCCACAUUUUGUUUCGCCUUCAA